GAAAUAGGUAGUCAUGUGGCAAUUUACAUAGACUUUUUUAGGUCACCGGAACAAGUCACUGGUUUGGUUCAAUGAACUUAUACUCUACUGACGAUGAACGAUGCCAUGCGGGUCUGGUUUUACAGGGUUAUGAAAUGGGUCUUUUCCUGAAGAUGCUGUCACUGAUCUUGUGAAAAGUUUUAUCACGUACAUGUGAUUUUUUUGCGGUCCCCGCUGUGUUGGGUGCAGAAGAACGGCAUAAAUGCAGAGUAGGGUAUUGCUGCAUAGAUAGGGAGGAUAUUUAGGUCAAGCAUGCAUUGAAGAGUUCUGCCAGACAGGUGUAUGUGUUGAACUUAUUACUAAAGAUGAAGAAGACAUCACUUCUUUGCUGUUGAAUUUGGUUAGAUAUUGAAAAAAAGUUGGGUGCGGGUUUCGAUCACAUAUGGAGAGCCCUUUGGAUUUUCGUUUUCGUGUUAGAAAUCAUGAAUGACCAAGAACUUGAAUCAAUUUCGCAGCUGAUGGAUGAGCUGGAAAAAAUGCCUCUGUACCCAUUCAAGAUUGUUUUCAAGGUUUGAAUUAUAAUGUACGGUCUCACAGGGUGUUUUUCUUAGCUGCUAGUCACUAUUGUGGGCACAUGAUUUGUAGUAAAACACUGCCAGAUUAACAAGUGAGCAAUGCUUAUGAGAGCAACAGCAUCACUACUGCCGUUACUGGAAUUACGCAGCUUCUGCCGAUGCUGCCCUAAAACCCUGAAGAUGUCGAAUGCCGGCGGUGCCGGCUCUGGAUUAGUUCUGGAAACAAGCAACACCACAUGCAAAAACCGGAUGAACCGUGGAUUGUUCUUUGUAUACUGUUGUAUAUCUUGGUGCUCUGUGUUUCCGUGUAUUACCUCCUGCCUUCACAUUACAGUUGGGAUGCGAGUGUUGAUGGGAGCUUCUACAGAGGUGUUACCUUCCCACACAACAGGUAAUCUCGCUGAACAUUGUAUAUUUGAAAACCAGACUUCGAAAAUGGUUACGUCUUCACAUCUGCUUGUCAAGCUGAUUUAGGUGCAGGGACAAUUUUCUCAUUUCCGCUUUUGCUUCAACUGAACUCAACUGCUACACCCAUCCAGAUGCUCCUGUAUGCAUUUGUUAUGGAAUCAAGAAGUGAUAUUCUGUGGUUACUUGUGGUCUUAUUUUGCUAGUUUAUUGUUGAUAAGGUGUGCAGUAACCUUGUUCUUGAUUGAAAUAGAACCAAUGCGUCAUCCACCAACAGUGAUGAUUGAUUUAGCAACGCUUUGUCUUCUGCAACCUAUCUCGAUCAGGUUAUACCACUAUUUUAAGGGUUGCCUCAACUUCCCACCUUUCCACUAGAUCUUCUGUACGAUCAUCUUAACUUGGAGCACAUAAAAUCAUCUGGUCUGGUGAUUUUCUAUCGAAUUUGCACAGUGCAUAAAUUGUGUCUUAAAAAUUGCAAUGUUUGGUCCCUAGAAGGAAAAUACGAGUGCUGAUCAGUAUUAGCAAGUCUUGUUUCCUUGUUGGCAUCUCAGAUCUCAAAAGACUCAUUAGUGGAUAACUGCUUUAGCCCAAUAUCAGCUAUUCACUUUGAGAUGUUUCACAACAUCGAGUAGGCAAGCUUGCAGUAUUGGGUGGGAUAGUGAAAAGGUCUGUUAGAUAUGAUGUCUAACCAGUGACAUUCUACCUAUCGUUUGUGUAUAUGGCAUCUUUGUAUGAAGUAUUGUGUUGUUGGUUUCUCUUAAAAUUUAAGUAAGCUGGAGAACAAUAAGAGGUUCCUGUGACUUUCUUGAUGCUCUCUUAGCUGCAGCAAGGUUACCUCGGUUGAUACGAAACAACCGAGUGCUAUCAGUACGAGAAUUCAAAUAUCAACGCUAGAGGUUAUGGUUUUUGGUCAAACAUUGGAUGUGCUGUGAAUGUUGGUGAAUCUGCCCCGUUGAUUUGCAGAUUCUAUAGCUAGAAGAUUGUCGAAAACGUGCACCUCUGGUCAUAACUGGCAAGCUGGAUUGAUUGUUUUAAGUGCAAGGUCAAGGUUCUGAAUUUGCCUGUCGACUUGUGAAUUGUAGCCUGGUAGUUAUGUAAAGGAUAUUCAGUGCCUUGUAUCUUGAGUUUAGGUUUGAACUUGGUUCGUCUGUACGGACAGUAGUGCACUAUAAAAAAAUGUUUUCCCUCGUACGUCUGAACUGAUCAUUAGAAUGAAGUGAAACCGAAAGAAGAUAAUGAUUCCUGAAUACUGUAUUCCCAUCUCUGAUAUCCAAGUCUGUACCUUUCGAACUGCUGCUUGAGGAUUGACGAAGGUGAACUGCACCUUGUGCUGUCUCGAAUGAAACAAUAUUGAAUUAUUAAAUGAAGUCUCGCCCAGGAAUCGCUCGAAGUGUUCUUUCAGUAAAUGUGAGCAGUGAUUUUCCUUGACAAACCUUUUGGAAGUUAAAGGUGCUCAACCUGGAAAUUCAGAUCUGUACACAUACUUCCUGUCAAGGAAUUAAUGCUCAGCAAGUAAGAGUAACAAUUGCUCUUACAAUGCAAUAUCAUAAUCAAUAAGCAUCUUUGGCUUUCAA